AUGCAGACAUUGCUAUUCGUUACUGGAAAUGUGAAUAAAAUAAAAGAAGUACGCACUAUCCUUGGAGAUCGGUUCACGGUUUCAGGGAAAGUGGAAGAUAUUACAUUGGCGUGGAAUUCCAGUGGGAUGGCGAGCAAUUCAUCAUUUGAAAAUAUUGGAAAGCUGUUAGAAAAAUCUCGCUGUUUGAAUGAAACAUCAAGAAGUUCUGGUUUGUUGGUUACCGUCCCUGAAUUAAUUCUUGAUAUGGCGCCAAUGCGUUAUGGUUUGUUCGAUAAGAAAUUCUACAAGAGUGGUACCAAUUCGGAAACUGUGCUUAAUAUAGAAAGUGAAAGAAAUGUUCACUCUUCAUCGUUAUCAAAACUAUUCGCUGAUGAUGAUGACAGAAUACGAUGUAUGAGCUGUCAAUGCGGGUCGUUUUAUAUGAGAGAAAAAUUCUGUUCUGGAAAUUCUUCAAAAUCUAUCGGGAAUGAAAAUUCAUACAGUUUGCUUUCGACAUUACUCGAUAAGGAGGAAGUAGUAUCUGAAUGUAGCCGGAAAACGUCGAAAGUUGGAGAAGCUCCGGUCUGGGAGCCGACUUCGAACUUAUUUCGUGAUACAGAAGAGAGAUGUCCAAAAAAUGAUUCAAUCUUUUCCGGAAGAAAAGUCCAUCGAGUUGUUUUUUCUCCUCUUCUGGAAAAAGAUCCCAUCUUCAGCCACAAGAAUCAAGUCUCAACAACUUCCUUAGCUUAUCGUCACGUUUCAAGAACGUCCAUCUUUUUUGAUCGGUUUCGCUAUCAGCGAAUUCCACGUGCUGCUAUCAAAAAUGAAGACAUCGAUUUGCCGGAAUACCAAGGACAACCUUCCGAAAUAGCCAGACUAAAAUGUUUAGCAGCCUCACAACGACUACAACAACCCGUAAUAGUUGAAGAUACUUGUCUGUGUUUUAAUGCGCUUGGUGGCCUGCCUGGGCCAUACAUUAAGUGGUUUCUCAAGAAUUUGAAACCCGACGGUCUCCACAAAUUAUUAGCUGGUUUUGAAGAUAAGACGGCAUAUGCGCAAUGUAUAUUUGCAUAUUGCGAAAAUUCAUCCAAUCCUGUUGUUCUUUUCGAAGGAAGAACGAAUGGAAGAAUAGUUCAACCGAGAGGAGAGACGAGUUUUGGUUGGGAUUCAUGUUUUGAACCAGAAGGUUUCUCGCAAACAUACGCGGAAAUGGGCUCUGCAAUAAAAAAUACAAUCAGUCAUAGAAGUAAGGCUCUGGCACAGCUGAGAAAUUACUUUGAGAAUAAAUCUUGA